UGAAGAUCUGCAGGAUCAGAACCAGGACUAGGACUCGGAGAUGGACCGGGACCAGGAGUCCAGCAUCAGGACCAGAGCGGGAUCUUCCUCUGGUCUGCAGAAACAUAAAGGCAAAGAGAGACCCACAAGUUAUCGCUGUGAUCACUGCAAGAAAGUCCUCACCACUUCAUCAGGUCUGAGAAAACAUACGAUGAUUCACACUGGAGAUAAACCGUUCAGUUGUGAUCAGUGUGGAGCAGCUUUUACCAGAAAAUAUCAUCUAAAGAUACACCAACGUAUUCACACUGGAGAAAAACCGUUCACUUGUGAUCAGUGUGGAGCAGCUUUUACUGAGUCAGGAAAGCUAAAGAUUCACCAACAUAUUCACACUGGAGAUAAACCGUUCACUUGUGAUCAGUGUGGAGCAUCUUUUACCCAACAAAGUCAUCUAAGCACUCACCAACGUAUUCACACUGGAGAUAAACCAUUCACUUGUGAUCAGUGUGGAGCAUCUUUUACCCAACAAAGUCAGCUAAGCACUCACCAACGAAUUCACACUGGAGAUAAACCAUUCAAUUGUGAUCAGUGUGGAGCAGCUUUUACCAGAAAAGAUCAUCUAAAGAUUCACCAACGUAUUCACACUGGAGAUAAACCGUUCACUUGUAAUCAGUGUGGAGCAUCUUUUACCACAUCAAGUAGUCUAAUGACUCACCAACGUGUUCACACUGGAGAUAAACCUUUCAGAUGUGAACAGUGUGGAGCAGCUUUUACUGAGUCAGGAAAGCUAAAGAUUCACCAACGUAUUCACACUGGAGAUAAACCGUUCAGAUGUGAUCUGUGUGGAGCAUCUUUUACCCAACAAGGCAAUCUAAGGAGACACCAACGUACUCACACUGGAGAUAAACCAUUCAGAUGUAAUCAGUGUGGAGCAUCUUUUACCCAACAAAUUCAUCUAAGGAGACACCAACGUACUCACACUGGAGAUAAACCGUUCAGAUGUGAACAGUGUGGAGCAGCUUUUACUGAGUCAGGAAAGCUAAAGAUUCACCAACGUAUUCACACUGGAGAUAAACCAUACAGAUGUGAACAGUGUGAGGCAGCUUUUACCACAUCAAGUGAUCUAAGGACUCACCAACGUAUUCACACUGGAGAUAAACCGUUCAGAUGUGAUCUGUGUGGAGCAGCUUUUACCCAACGAGGUAGUCUAAGGAUUCACCAACGUAUUCACACUGGAGAUAAACCGUUUAGGUGUGAUCAGUGUGGAGCAGCUUUUACCACAUCAGGUAGUCUAAUGAUUCACCAACGUAUUCACACUGGAGAUAAACCGUUUAGGUGUGAUCAGUGUGGAGCAGCUUUUACCCAACAAAGUCAUCUAAAGAGACACCAACGUACUCACACGAGUGAUAAACUCUAAAGAUGUGAUCAGUGU